CCACGCCGAGAAUCAGGGGCGGUGAGACCCACCGUGAGUGGAGCGAGCGAGGCAGCCUCACUCCUCGCUCCACUGGUAACUGAAGCUUAUAAACCUCGCCUAGGCGACACCCUGCGGAGAGUAGAGGGGUUAGGUGAGGGAAGUAGAGGCUUUUUGUUGGGCAUGGUGGGGAACAGGCGGCGGGAGCUGCAGGAGAGGGACAGGAGGCGGCGGGAGCUGCUGGACAGCGCGCGGCGGGAGGAGCACCAGCGGGAGAGCAGGGAGGCGGCGGCGGCGGCCGCCAUGGCGGCGGCGGACAACGAGAAGGGGAAGGGGAAGGAGCAGGAGAAUGGCGGAGAGGGCGGCAAGUUCGGCCAGCAAUUCGCCAGGGUGUUCCUGCCGCAGCUUUACGGGGAGAGAUUGAAAAUUCCACCAUCAUUCAACCAGUACCUUCAGGGUCAGCCUACUGGAGUGGUUUCCCUAAAAGGUCAAAGUGGCAACAAAUGGCUUGUAGAGCUGGCUUCAGACAAUGAAGGAUUGUUCUUUGUGAAGGGAUGGAAGGAAUUUGUCAGAGACCAUUCGAUUGAGAUGGGUCACUUCUUAACAUUCCGUUAUGAUGGACGCUCACAAUUCUCAGUGGUUAUCUUUGAUGGAAUGUGCAUUGAGAAGCCUUCAGCUUUUCAUGCUAAGCCUUGCAAGAAUCUGGUUGUUAAAAUAGAAAGUGGUAAAGGGGACAUGGACAUCAAUGCAGCUGAUCCAUCACAAGUAUCGGCUGCCCCCUUGGAGGAGAGUAAUGGAACCACUAGGAAGAGGGUUACAGAAAUGGAUGCAGAUGGCUCUACAUCGAAGAACCGCUCUAGUAUCUUGGAAAACGGUAUGCCUGAAGCUUCGGCUGUUACAUGUAACGUGGCACCGACGAGCCUUAACGUGGACAUGAAUGCAGCUGACCCACCAGAGGCAGUGGUUGUUCCCUUAGAAGAGAGCAACCAAACCACUAGGAAGAGGAUUAGAGAAAUCAAUGCAAAUGACUCUGCAUUGCAGAAGUCCUUGAGGGUUAGAGAAAUCGAUGCAAAUGACUCUGCAUUGCAGAAGUCCUCGAGGGUUAGAGAAAUCGAUGCAAAUGACUCUGCAUUGCAGAAGUCCUCGAGGGUUAGAGAAAUCGAUGCAAAUGACUCUGCAUUGCACAAGUCCUCGAGGGUUAGAGAAAUCGAUGCAAAUGACUCUGCAUUGCACAAGUCCUCGAGGGUUGGAGAAAUCGAUGCAAAUGACUCUGCAUUGCACAAGUCCUCGUGGGUUAGAGAAAUCGAUGCAAAUGACUCUGCAUUGCAGAAGUCCUCGAUGGUUAGAGAAAUCGAUGCAAAUGACUGGGCAUUGCAGAAGUCCUCGAGGGUUAGAGAAAUCGAUGCAAAUGACUCUUCGUUGAAGAAGUCCUCAGGGCUUAGAGAAAUCGAUGCAAAUGACUCUUCGUUGAAGAAGUCCUCAGGGCUUAGAGAAAUCGAUGCAAAUGACUCUGCAUUGCAGAAGUCCUCUAUCGCCUCAGACAAGGAUAAGAAGAGGUGUCCUGCAGCUUCAGUCGGUACUUACAAGUCAGCUUCAACAAGUCUUGACAGUACUGAAGAUUCUGAUUCCUCAAGCAGCAUGUUAGAACAAAGUAUCUCUUGCAUCAAGUCUGAAUUGACAUCACCCAUUCGGCUCGGAGUGAGUAAGGAUGUUGCUAGAUGUGGUCAAAAUAGCGCGACGGGUAAGAGACAACUAAGAGUACUAUCACAAAGGCGACUGGUAACUGAAAUACAGAAGGACAAUGCUCUGCUAAGGGCAAAACAAUUUAAAUCCAAGAAUCCUUUCUGUCUUCAGAUAAUGAAGGAGUCUUAUGUAUAUGUGGGAUUUUUCUUGAAUCUACCCUGUGAAUUUGUAAGGGAGUGUCUUCCCCGUGCCCACAGGAAGUUAAAGCUCUGGAAUCCGCAAGGAAAGUCUUGGGAUGUUAACUAUGUCUACUACAGCGAACGCUGUGUUGGCGGUUUGAGUGGUGGCUGGGGCAAGUUUUCUCUAGACAAUAAUCUGGAGAAGUUCGACGUGUGCGUCUUUGAGCUCUUCUCGAAGGACAACAUAAAAGUACACAUCUACAGAGUCGUCCCAGAAAUAACCCCAUUCCUCCCUGGUCCUGGCAAGAAAUAACAGUCAUGUGCACGUGUUGGGGGAGUGUUCUCUUCCAUUGGCUAAAAAAUAUAUUUGGAGCUCUAGAAGGCUGCAGAGGCAGGGGGGUUCCCUCUUUUUUGAAGAAAAAUGGCGCUUGAAGGCAAUAAGAACACAAUAUUCAAUUAUUGGUGACAUUUAAAAAAAAAUUGAAUCUCUAAUAAACGUAGCUAUGUUCUUACUGGAUUGUGGAGUAAAUCGGUUAGCCCCAGUCGUAUCUGUUCAAGAAUAACCGUGUAGUAUUGCUGCCAUUUGUAGUUCUGCAUUAUUUGAACAGAGUGUGUUAUUUCUACUAGGUUUUAUUGAGGCC